AUGGAAAAGAACCUCAACCAGCUCCUAAAAUGGAGCAUCGAGGCCCAAGCCGCCGCCUCCGCAGGCCAAUCCCACCACUCCCACGGCACAUCCUCCCCGGGCGCCUCUAACAACGGCCCCGCCACCGGCACCGGCGCCGUAGCCACCUCCCCCGCUCCCCAAGCCACCGGCCCCGGCCCGCGCCCCAUCGACCCCGAAGUCCUCGCCUCCCUCUUCGGCGGCCCCUCCGAAGCCGAACUAAUGAAAGCCGCAAUGGAAGUGAUCACGGACCCUUCGCCCGAGACCACGCUCGAGAACAAGUUGAUCGCCUUCGACAACUUCGAACAACUCAUCGAAAACCUGGACAACGCGAACUUGCUUGAGAAACUCGAUCUCUGGUCCCCCUUGCUCUCGUUGCUGGAGCACGAGGACGAGGACAUGCGCUUCCAUGCGGCGUGGUGCGUGGGUACCGCGGUGCAAAACAACGAGAAGACGCAGGAGCGGCUGUUGGCCAUGGGCGGCGUGCCCAAGUUGGUGGACCUGGCGAUGAAGGAGGGCGAGUCGGAGAAGGUGAGGCGCAAGGCUACGUAUGCGCUGUCGAGCGCGGUGAGGAAUUAUCAGCCGGCUAUGGAUGUCGCGGCGGAGGAGAUGCAUAAGCGCGGCCAUGAGGUUUUGGUGAACAACGGGACCAAGGUGGAUGCGGCCGAUAUGGAUAAGGUGGAUGAGGUUAUUGAGCAUUUGAGGGGUAAGGCUAAGGCUGAGGCUAAGGCUGAGGCUACGGCUGCGUGA